AGUCCCUUUCCUUCCCCUUCCUCUCUCUCGACACACCGUCUACGGUCGUUCCGCCAGUUACGUCUGUUGUAUUGUCAUCUAUUUUUUUUUUCUCAAAUCUUUUAUCGCAUUCGUUUCUUCCAGUUUUUGUUUCUCCUUUUGCAAGCGUUCUUUUUUUCACUUCUCUAUUCAUCUCUUUUUUCUUUCUGAGGAGUUGCAGCGCUUCCGUCGUGCUGACUUCCUCCGCUUUCCGCCGUCAACCCGCGACUUCUGCAGCCGAGGGAGAAGGGGGAGAGAGAGAAGAAAGAGGGAGCAAGCUGAAGAGGAAAAGAACCCCUCCUUUUUUUUUUGCACCUCACAUACACUGCAGGAAUCCUCUCUCCUCGUGAGCAUUCUUUUAACCAUUUUCUUUACUUACUUACUUUUCAACUGCCAGCAGCAGCGGGGUCCCAUGUCGAAGCUGCCGCAAUUGGCCAUGAUCGGCACCAGCCUGAUGGUGGGCCUGACCAUGGUGAUGGGUAUCAACGCCAUCAACAGUGCCCCCAGUUUUAUGCUGAACUACUACGAGUACCUGGCCGGCAGGGAGGGCGCGAAGCCACGCUCGCCUGUGUUCUGGAAGCAGAUUUUGAACUUCUACACCGUCGUCACGAUCGUUGCGCAGGCGGUGCACGAGCCAACCAACCUCACCUCCUUCAUGUGCCGCUUCUCCCUUCUCUUCCGCCUGGAGGUGAGUUGCGCCCUGAUGAUUAUCGAGCUGCUAGUAAUCUUGCUGAUGCCCCACACGCACGUCUCGGAGUACAGCGCGAUCGCGGCGCUGAUGAUCGUCGCCUACCUGGGCGGAGCGGCUCGUGCGUACUUUGAGAACACGGGCUACGCCAUGUUCGGCCCUUGCCCGCCCGUCAUGCUGUCCGGCAUGCUUGUCGGCUCCGCCCUCGCCGGCGCGCUGCUCUCCGUCGUGCAGAUCGUUCUCCUGGCCAGCAUGCCGUCCACCUACAACGCGGGACUCACCCAGUCCCUCAUCUACUUCUGCACCGCCAUCGGCAUCAUCUGCAUCUCGGGCCUGUUGCUGACCUUGCUGCUCUUCAACCCAUUUGCGCGGCGCUACAUUGCGGAGUUCCGCUCGCAUCGCAGUCCGUGGGCGAACAUUUACCGCCACCGCAAGACGGUGAAGACGCUGUCGGGCAAGUCCUCGGCCCAGCCGGGCGCGAGCAAGAGUUACUCCGAGGCUGCCGGAGGUGCCGUGGACGCCGGGGCGCAGCGCUACCUCGACAACUCCUCUUCCUCCUCCGAUGCGGAAGACGAGCGGGAGCUCCACGAGGCGGUGCUGGAGAACGGUGACCACCGCUGCGAGGAUGUCCUCUUCGACGACCGCGAGUACGCCAACCGCGAAGAGCGUGAGGCCGCUGCGGCAAAGGAGGCGAGGAGAGCGGCGGACGGCAAGCUGACGUGCGCUGACUUGAAUGAGCAUCGCUCACUCUCCGUGGAGAAGGCUGCGGCCCACGACGAGGGCGAGGUGGACGAAGGUCUGACGACGGCGGAGCUGCUACAGGAGGUGAAGCUAUGGCCGGUGAUCAAGAAGAUCUGGCCCAUGAUGCUCACCUGCUUCCUGACCUUCGGCAUCACUUACCUCAUCUACCCCGGCAUCAUGCUCGCCGUCGACAGUUCGAACGACUGGUACACUACGCUGAUCAUGACGGUGUACAACUUCGCAGACCUUUUCGGCCGUAUCGCCUCCAUGUGGAAGCGUCUGUGGCCGCCGCGCAACUCCAUUCUCAUCGUGGCCAUCUCGCGCAUUAUCUUCGUCCUGCUCAUCGUCUUGUGCGCGUUGCACAAAAUCCCUUCGAAGGUGCCGCCGUACAUCUUCGCUGCGUUGAUGGGAGUGUCGAACGGUUUCAUUGGCACUCUUUCCAUUGUGUACAGCCCGGAGACACCGAGCUUAACGACGGACGGCGAGCGUGCCAUGGCGGGUCAGGUGACCGGCGCAUGUCUGUUGAUCGGCUGUGCGGUCGGCUCUCUAGUCCAACUGGCGUUGGUGCUGCCCUUCAACUAA